AUGCAGCUUCCUCAGCCUCCAAUCCUCUCCCUCCAACUCACGCCCAGCUUCGACGAGGAUGGGGUCAGCAGUCUUUCAGUGCUUUUCCGGUUACAAAACCCGAAGUUCGAGGCUGAUAGGCCCGUAUUCUCAUUCUAUCCGUUUAAAGACAACAUCCCAGCCCAUCCAUUCACCGAGCGCGAUGUCAAAGUUACCGACGACCUGGGUCCACUGCCGAUUCGGUUUCGGGACUUACCACCUGAAGGUCGCAACACGCAGCAACACUGGUCCUUCGACAGAGAGACUCGCGGCGAUGUCGUUCUUUCUUUUGACGUCUUUCCUCGUCAUGUCGAUGUAACGACUCCUCUUGGUGCACGCAUCGAUUUACGCAGGGAUCAAGGCGGAGUGCAUGGUGUCGGGCAGUGGUUCUUGCCUCUGCUGAUAUCCGAUGAGGUUUUCACCAACGUAGUGAAGUGGAACGUGCCAGCUGAUGCUCCCGAGUCUACGAGAUGUGUUUGGAGCUAUGGCGAAGGGACAAGGCCCAUUGUUCGCGUAGGUCGCUCCGAUACUCUUUGGAACACGGUCUACAUGGUUGGACCUGUCAAAUGCUAUCCUGAGAUUCCUCCGGCGAGCGAGGAGGGAUUCGCUGCUUGCUACUGGUUUGGUGACCUACCACCGAACCUUGAACGCCUGAAGGCCUACAAUACCGCGCUGUUCCCCAAGCUGUCGGCCUUCUUCGGGGUCACGGGCGAAUCGUACCGUAUUAUUAUUCGCAAAUCACCUGUGGGAUUUGGCGGAAGCGGGUUCAAUGGGAGCUACGUUUUGGAGUACGAGAACGCCACGGCGAGCGAGACGGACGACUCCUUGGUUUUGCUGUUCACCCAUGAGAUGGUGCAUAGCUUUGCCGGUAUUAGCGCGGAAGAAGAUGGCUACGAGAAUGAGUGGUUCAUUGAAGGUUUGCUCUACUUGUUUUUCGGUGAAGACCUGUUGAAGCUAACGCAUUUCCACAAACCAGGCAUUGCUGAGUUCUACAGCUCUUUCCUGCCUUACAGAUUUGGGUUCCGAGGAAGAGACUUCCUCAUCCGAAGUCUGAACGACCAUUUGCAGGGUUACUAUACUAGUCCGCGAAUCUCUGUUGAUAUUCGUGAUGCGGCAGAGAUAAUGUUCACCGACUGGUACGCUGAGUGGAUAUCUUACAAGCGCGGACUGGCCUACCUCCUCUUCCUCGAUUUGUAUCUUCGGAGGCGCAGUGGCCGACGAGACAUCACAAAAAAGGGGCCCCUCGACGAUAUCGUCAUUGAUAUUUCAAGGAGAUGUAGACAAGGGGAGACUGUUCGCUCUAAGCAAUGGCUGGAAAACCUCAAGAAGUAUCUCGGCAGCGACGAGCUUCCGGCCGCCCAGCAAUACGAGGACAUGCUCCGUGGACGUCACAUCAUGGAUUUCAGCGGCCUUUCCCUCGAAGGCGAGUCGAACAAACUCCAACUCUGCCAUCUUCCAAUCAUGGACUACGGGUUCGAUCGUAGCAGUGUACACACGCGCGUCGUGAAGGGUGUCAUUGCAGAUUCACCGGCAGCGAGGGCGGGCUUAUGGGAUGGCGCGCACAUCAUCACAACCUCAAGAGCCAGUCUUUGCAUCGAGGAUAUUCGCAACACUUACAAGUUAGUGCUUCAGGAUGGUGAGAAGGAGACCACGAUCGAAUACAUUCCGCGAAGAGACGAGAAAGCGGUUGCUUGGCAAUUCGAGGAGUGA